UCUCUUCUUCUUUUUUUUUCCUCUCUUUCUGCUUCUUCUCCGUGCUCCUCUUCUGUUUUCUCUUCAUCUUCCUUCUCUGCCGCUUUUUCCUCCUCCUUCAUCUCCGCUUCUUCCUCCUUCUCUUCCUCUACCUCAUCUUCCUUCUUCUCUACAUAUUCCUCCAUCUAUUCUUUUUGUCAUCUUCGAUCUACUUUUUUGUAUUUUCGAUUUUUAAGAUCAGAAAAACAGAUAUCAAAAUAGAACACGAAAGUAAAACUACAAACCCAGAAAAACAGUUUUACCAAGUUAUACUAUCGUGUAACUUGGUAAAACCUAGUUAUACCAUCUUCGAGGUAUAACUGGUAAAACUAUGACAUAGUUAUACCAAGUUCGUACUUCGGCAAUGGUGUAACUUAGUUCAAACUUGUACCAAGUUUUUAGUUUUACUAAAAUUCAAAUUUUAAAUUUGAUACCCAAAAUUCAAAAUUUAAAUUUUCAACUGAGGAGGAAAAACGUAUGGGCAAAAUUGAAAAUCUUUUAUUUCAUUAAGAGUAGAGAGUAUGUUAGAAUUCGUAAGAGUAUGCCAGAAUAAAUUUUGCCUCGUAUGUGAGAUUAUGACUCUUUUCAUCAAGCUAGAAACAGUUGAUUAUGGAAAUGUUUUUGUUUUAAUCAAUCACAUACUCUUCUCUAGUCUUUGUAUAAACUAUAUAUAUCAGAUUCAAUAUCUCAGAGUGUUUGGUUAAAGAUUUAACGCUACGGUUAGUUUUUUUUUAGCCGUUACCGGUUAGUUAUUCAGUUACCGGUUAGUUAAAAAAAAGCAAUACAAAGGGUCAAUUUUUCGUAUCUCGCGGGUAUAAAAAAGAGACUGUUCUUUACUGUUGACCAGCUUCUUCUUUUAAAAAAAAAAAAACCCUAAAAAAAAUCUAUCAAUCGAAUCACAAAAUGGCGUUUCUUCUUCACGCUCAGCCUUCACAUAGUUUACCGGCGGCGGAUCUCCGGCGACCUUCUCCUCUGAUUCAUCGCGGUCCUGCUUCCGUUCGAUUUCCUCUCAGGUGUAAGGCGGUGGAUUCGUACGGCGGGAACUCCGACGAUCUGUAUCUGCUUACAGGCGACACCGCUCCCGCGAGUGCUCUUCUCUCGAGGACGCGGUUGGAGGAUGCGAUUAAGAAUAACACCACGCGGCUCCGUAUCUUCUCCGGCACUGCUAAUCCUUCCUUGGCUCAGGAGAUUUCAUGCUAUUUGGGACUGGAGCUGGGGAAAAUCAAGAUUAAGCGGUUUGCUGAUGGAGAGAUCUAUGUUCAGCUGCAAGAGAGUGUUAGGGGAUGCGAUGUGUUCCUUGUGCAGCCUACAUGCCCACCUGCUAAUGAAAACCUUAUGGAACUGCUCGUUAUGAUUGACGCCUGUCGUAGAGCAUCUGCCAAGACCAUCACUGCUGUGAUUCCUUACUUUGGCUAUGCUCGAGCUGAUAGAAAGACUCAGGGACGUGAAUCUAUUGCUGCCAAGCUUGUCGCUAAUCUGAUAACAGAGUCUGGUGCAGACCGUGUUCUUGCCUGUGACCUUCACUCUGGACAGUCUAUGGGCUACUUUGAUAUUCCUGUUGACCAUGUUUAUGGCCAGCCUGUGAUACUUGAUUACCUGGCAAGCAAAGGCAUAUCCUCUGAUGACUUGGUGGUUGUUUCGCCUGAUGUUGGUGGAGUUGCAAGGGCUCGCGCUUUUGCCAAGAAGCUAUCCGAUGCUCCUUUAGCAAUAGUUGAUAAAAGACGUCAUGGGCACAAUGUUGCAGAGGUGAUGAACUUAAUCGGGGAUGUUAAAGGGAAAGUAGCUAUAAUGGUGGAUGACAUGAUUGACACAGCGGGAACCAUAAGCAAAGGUGCAGCUCUGUUACACCAAGAAGGAGCAAGAGAAGUCUACGCAUGUACCACUCAUGCCGUUUUUAGCCCUCCUGCAAUCAGUAGACUAUCGAGCGGUCUGUUUCAAGAGGUGAUCAUAACCAACACGAUUCCACUGUCGGAGCAAAACUACUUUCCUCAGCUUACAGUUCUCUCAGUAGCAAACCUUCUUGCGGAGACCAUAUGGCGUGUUCAUGAUGAUUGCUCUGGAGACAUUGAGCCAUUUUCGACAUUGGGGAUUGAUUGAUUGACUGAUGCAACAAUGUUCAAGACUCGUGUGUGAAUGGGUUUCUGAUAAUGUACAACUUCCUUUUUUUGCGCUUGUAAAUGUCAGACAUGUAGAGGAACCAACUUGUAAGAUCACAUUUUCUAUUUUCCUUGCCUUUUCUCACUUUUAAAUCCAGUGAUAUGGAUCUACAUUUUCUCUAA